UGAUUUCUGGAGGUCGAGCCGGUGCUGCUGAUUGGACUUCUUCAUGCACACUCUGUUUUUGUGUUUUGUUUUACUCCAUUCAACACAACAUUGCACGUCUAAAACGGGUAACUUUGUUUGUAUUAUUUGCCAUAGGCCUUAAUACAUCAAUUUAUUUUCCAGUUACAACACACGUUGAUACACACUGCAGAACAAACUACAAGUACAACGUAACGUAAAGUAGAGAGCGAUGUAUGCCUUGGUUGUUUGUUUGGACAACGUCAAGAGAGUUAUUCCUGUUGAUUACAUCCAACGACAUGAAGAUGACGAUCGUAUAACGGUCUACAUCCCAGACAAACAACGAUUCUGUAAUGCUGUUGUUCUCCAGAAAGGAGAGAGCAAGGAAAUACUUGAAGAGCAGAUCCAAGAGUUGGAUGGAGGAAUCUUAGCGUCCUCUUCAAAGAGGAAGGUUCAAUCGUCACCAUCUCCAUUAUCACCAUCACCAAAGAGACUCAACAAAGACAUCCAGAAAGAAUCUAGCUGUACCAAUGCUGAGGAGCAUCAUGUGCGGAUUUUUGAUCCUAAAACAAACACCCAACAUCAAUUUAAUGGUUGCAGUCUCCAUCCUCUCACCAUUACAUCACGACAGGAAGAAGAGAAUUCUAAAAGGCUUGGAUUACACUCCGAUGUUGACUUGUCUCGAGUCCUCUGUGAGCUUCUUCAAGACCAACGAGCUCUAAAGCAACAAGUCCAAAACAUUGAGAGAACAAUGCAAGAGAUUCUGGAAACCCUCAUUAAAACUGAUGGAGUGGUUGGUUCACAUUCAGAGGUCACUAAUGACUAUUGUGUUAAGAAUGAACCACUAGAUGAGCAGGUUGAAGAUUGCUCAAUAAGCGCUAAGGUUCUGGAACCGAGACCUCCUGUAUACCCUUGUUAUGUUGUGAAUAGUGAGAGUAGUGAUGGGGAGUCUGCAACAUUUGAGAGACUAUCUCCACAAACUGAUUUGUCAAUAAGUGGUUCAUCCGAACUGCCUCAACUUGAAAGGCAGCAGGCAUCCAAUGGACAUCCUCAAUCCAACUCACUCCUACAACCACUUGAAAUAUUCUCCUCCUUUGAAACCAACUCAAGUGCAGUCAAAACAAUUGACCUUUCCACCGACGCACCGGGGACCCAACGCUGCAGACUCGUCCAAAACGACUUUGUUGUUAUCCCCAUUAAGUUUGAUUCAACAAAUGCUAAAGAAGAAUAUAUUGCCCCAGUUUUAAUUAGUUGUGUGGAAUAUCAUAACAUCCUAUUAAAGAGUAAGACCUCCACUGCCUUCCUUCGUAGUCUUCUAAAGUUCUUUUUCUCUGUUGAGACACUUAAAACUCAUAACUAUGAAGGAGGAGAGGUUCAUACAAAGAAUGGUAAAGCCAUGAGGGGGCAGUUGAAUCGACGGAUGGUUAUCAGCCUCAUUGAACAGGUGGAACUUGAGUUUCCUGGCACAACAAAAGGGUCUGAAAAUAUGAAAUACAUCAAAAAGUCAAUUAAUGACAAGUGCAAUCAUAUAUAAAGAUUAAUGAACAUUAUUAAAGUUUAUUAAUUACAAAACUCUGGAAGUGUCAUACCACAUGUUGAGCUCUUGCGUUAAAUUACUUCAAGAUGAUGCCAUCACAAUAAUAAGAUUACAACACCUUGAUAUCAUUAUUUAUCUCAGGAUGGAUGACAAAAUCUUAAUGUAAGAUGUUGCUUUCAAGAAAGGAUGUCAUCAUAGAAUGUCAAAAACACAGGAUAAGUUGUCUUGGGAACACAUUCUUGAAGACAACAUUCUACAUUAAAAUUGUGAUAAAAUGUUGGAUUGUUUCAUCUUCACGAUGUCAUCAUCUUUCAUUAAAAUUGUCUCAUGAUCUUGUCUAUUUGGAUGCCACUUGUUUGUUAACGGCAGUGGACACUAUUGGUAAUUACUCAAAAUAAUUGUUAUAAAACCUUUCUUGAUUACGAGUA